UUUAUCAUGGUCACCUGUCGUCCUCAUUAUUUUCUCCCCUAUUUAUAGUCCUUGUGAUUUUGUGUUCAAAUUGCGUGAUCGUCUUGCAUUGUUCCUGUCUGUUGCUGUCAUUAUUCAGUCUAGUUAAGUCAAGUACUGUCUGUAUUCUAUAGUCAAGUUUGUAUUCUAUAUUUUGCUUAGUGUUAAUUCUAGUCCUGCUUUGUUUUGUUACUUCAGUUUUUGUUCAGUCGCUCUUGCGUACUCUGCCUUGUUUAGUGCUGUUUUGCCCCCUCGUGGGUUUUGUUUUCCUGUUUUCUGUAAAUAAAGUUUCAGUGUUAUCCUCACCUGUGUCUGCGCUUGGGUUCGUCUCCUGCACAAUUCCUGACAGACGAUCACGCCAGUUUAGAACCCAGCGGACCAGGAUGGACACUGAACUUUUAGCCCGAAGAGCCCACCAGGCUCAUGUUUUGUUUGGCCAUCGGCAGAAGGGGACCGACGUUAAGACUUUCGCCUUGAGGUUCUUGAGUUCGGCGAGGGGCUCCGGGUUUGGGGAUCCGGAGCUGAAGCUCAUCUUUAAUAGCUGCCUUGACCAGCCACUCUCAGCGUCUGAGCAAAGGAGUUUGAAGAACCUGCUCUUCUCCGACACGGUGAAGUACCUCGCGCACCGUGAGUCCAGGGCUGCGACUGGAGCUGACUGGCCCGAUCGGCUUCCUCCCAUCUCGGAGGAUUGUGUUGUGGGGGUUAUGACCCAAGAGGAACCUGCCAUCAUUCCCUCUGAUCCUGAGAGUUCAGCCCACCCUGUCAGUCUCCGAUGCAAGCGUGGGCGGAGGGUCUCGUGGGAGUCGACCGCCGAGGGGUCCUCCAUAGAGCCUGUCACCCCUAUUGUAGCGCCCUCGGUUGCUGCCUCACUCUCUGCACCGCGUCCACAAAAGAAGAGGAGGAGGAAGGGAGCUUCAACAUCACAGCCGGUUACUGAACCCCCUUCCUCAACUUCCCAGCCAGCUGCAGCGCCCUCUGUGUCGCCGGCCCCCCAGCCAGCUGCAGCGCCCUCUGUGUCGCCGGCCCCCCAGCCAGCUGCAGCGCCCUCUGUGUCGCCGGCCCCCCAGCCAGCUGCAGCGCCCUCUGUGUCGCCGGCCCCCCAGCCAGCUGCAGCGCCCUCUGUGUCGCCGGCCCCCCAGCCAGCUGCAGCGCCCUCUGUGUCGCCGGCCCCCCAGCCAGCUGCAGCGCCCUCUGUGUCGCCGGCCCCCCAGCCAGCUGCAGCGCCCUCUGUGUCGCCGGCCCCCCAGCCAGCUGCAGCGCCCUCUGUGUCGCCAGCCCCCCAGCCAGCUGCAGCCUCCUCUAUCCCGGUUUCUGUCUUGUCUCCGCUGCCGCCCCCUGUCAUGGUCCCUGUCUCAUCUCCUCUGCCGGCCGCAGCAUCCCCUUUGUUGCUCCCUGUCUCACCACCCUUGUCGCCCUGCUUGUCCUCUUGGUCGCCAGUCACUGUCUCCUUGCCUUCGGGAAGCCCAUCUCCUGUCCCAAGCCAACCCAGUUCACCUGCUCCAUCCCCAUUUCCUGACCCUCCUCAGCCCUUAGAUCCUGUCUUGUUCCCCUCUGUCCUGCCACCCUCAGUUGAUCCUCCCAAGAACCCAGUCAAGCCUCCCCGGACUUAUCGUACCCGAUCCUCUGCUACACCUCAGAGACCCAGGACUCAGACCCCAUCCAGUCCCACCCAGUCUGGACCUCCACCUAUGAACUCUUUGGUUCCCCCACCCCCCCUCCCUUGUUUAUUGUUUUUAUUGUGUCAUCCCAAUCCUCUUGUCAUUCUUCAUUGUUUACCUUUAUUGUUAUUUGUCAUGUUUUCGUGGAUGUUGUCCAGUGUCCAGUCUGUCUUGUCCUGUGUCUCUCCUUGAGGGCCGCCAGGGGGCGUCCCUUGAGGGGAGGGUCCUGUUAGGACUCUGCCUUAAUCUUGUUGGUAACUAUAUCUAGUUUUGUAUGGCAGAGUUCUAACAGUACUAUGUUUUGUGUGGGAUCACGUGGUCUCAGUAUAGUUUUUAUUAGACCACGUGUUUUCCUUGUCCUGUCACUUUUACCCCGCUCCCUUGUCAUCCUCUUAUCCUGAUUGUUUUAUCAUGGUCACCUGUCGUCCUCAUUAUUUUCUCCCCUAUUUAUAGUCCUUGUGAUUUUGUGUUCAAAUUGCGUGAUCGUCUUGCAUUGUUCCUGUCUGUUGCUGUCAUUAUUCAGUCUAGUUAAGUCAAGUACUGUCUGUAUUCUAUAGUCAAGUUUGUAUUCUAUAUUUUGCUUAGUGUUAAUUCUAGUCCUGCUUUGUUUUGUUACUUCAGUUUUUGUUCAGUCGCUCUUGCGUACUCUGCCUUGUUUAGUGCUGUUUUGCCCCCUCGUGGGUUUUGUUUUCCUGUUUUCUGUAAAUAAAGUUUCAGUGUUAUCCUCACCUGUGUCUGCGCUUGGGUUCGUCUCCUGCACAA